UGUAGCUUUAGCCUUAGUUUCUCACGUAAAUGCAUGAUUUUAAACACCAGAAAAGAGACUUUAAGCUUCUCCCCUGAAGGCUCCUCUGACCCGCUGUCACUGACAUGCUGUGUUGUGUUCCACAUUGUUCUUUAAAAGUUAAAAAUGCCUGUUAGCCGCUGAUGCUAGCCGUUAGCACUGAGUGUACUGACAGCUGCAGGUGAAGCUGAUUAAAGGUGGAACAUGGAGACGGUUUGAAGGUGAUGGCUCAGCAGGCAUGGCGCAAAAUACGGAUGUUAGUUAGCGGCAUCAUCGUGGGGGUUUCCGUCCUAACGACCGCCAUCGAUCGACUCGCCUCCGUGACGCUAGUGACGGGACGGUCGAUGCAGCCCUCCCUGAACCCUGAGGGGGGGUCUAACUGUGACGUCGUUCUGCUGAACAAAUGGAGCGUCAGGAACUACGAAGUCCAGCGAGGCGACGUCGUCACCGUCAUGUCGCCCAAGAACCCCCAGGACGAGAUCAUCAAGCGUGUGAUCGGCCUGGAGGGAGACCUCAUCAGGACUCUGGGAUAUAAGAACCGGUUAGUUCGGGUUCCUGACGGUCACUUCUGGCUGGAGGGCGAUCAUCACGGAAGCAGUAUGGACAGCAACAGCUACGGACCGGUGUCAGUGGGGCUGCUUCAGAGCCGAGCCUCUCACAUCAUCUGGCCUCCGCACCGCCUGCAGCGAAUCGCAGCGUCUCUCCCUCCGAACCGAGGCCCGCUGGACGAUGAGGAAGAGGAGGGAUGAAGAAACACCUUUAAUAACUAUGUAAAUGAGCCUGAAAUGUUGAAGACGGACACAGCUGUACGAUACUUUGAAAACACACUUUGAAUGACUGGUUUUUCUAAAAUGUCAUAUUCAGAUCUUGUUAUGAGCGUAUUUGAGCACUGCGGCAUAAUAAUUCAACUUAUUAUUAUUAUUAUGUAAACUGUUAAUUUACUUGGUUCAUUUCGCCAGUCAUUUUCCACAUGAAUAAAUAUCUUAAUUAAAGACUUUAUUGCACAAACACUCACUUUCUUCCCAUUUUUCCUGCUGCUUAAGUCAGCUAGCAACACGUUUUUAUUUCAAACACACAACAAGAAAUCAUGAAAGAAAAUACACGUACAAAAAGAGAUCAGUCAAAAAGUUGGAAAAGAUCCCAAAAAAAUAAUAAUAGAGUAAGAGACUAUAUAUAAAGACGGACACAGCUGCACGAAACAUACUUUGAAUUAAUGUUGUUUUUCUAAAAUGUAAUAUUCAGAUCCUCAUCCUGUUAUGUUAAACGUUAAUACUUACGUAACGGCCCGCUGACUCACGCCUCUCUUACACACCUGAAAACCUUCCCGGCUCAUUUGCAUAAAUUGAGGAAGCACUUGUGGUGAGUUCAGCUCUCCAUCGUAGCGGUUGAUGCUACGCCGCUAACAGCUGAUUCACGGCUUAAUGGGAACCCGCAAGUGGGGCUAAAUGCAGGAGUCCUCAAACCCCCCCCCCCACCCCCCUCCACUGAGGCAGAAGCAUAAUGAACUCACUCCAAUGUGAUGUGCAUGUCCGUGCCGAUUGAAUCUGACGUUUAAUGUUUACGUUUGAGUUUCAUAAACUGCCGAUGUAAUAAAGCUUUCUUCGUCCCACAGAGAGGAAAUGUACAUUGUUUCAGCAGAAAAGAGCCACAGACAGCUUAAUGUUAACACAUAAAUGAGUGUGUUGGUUAGGAAUUAAAGCCUGAGCUGAGUAAUAUCCACUCUGCAUAAUAAAACUUGUGUUUGCACAUCUCUCAGUGCUUUACAUC